AUGCCGUAUCUUGAAUCCGGAUCAGAGACCUCCUUAGACUCUGGGAAAGGGUCUAACAAUGCAUUCGAAGAGCUCGUCCGAGAUCUCAGUGCAGCUCUAGGUCCUAGCUCAGGGCUCGACUCUGACGAUGUGGACCCCAUUGAUAUCCAGCGCUUGAUGGAGCUUUACACUUCCAAUCCAAAGGAGUGGCUACCUUUUGCUUUAGGGGAUUCCAACAAGUCUUACACGCGGAAUCUUAUCGAUGAGGGAAACGGGAAGAGCAAUCUGUUAAUCCUUGUCUGGAGUCCGGGCCGAGGAAGUGCCAUCCACGACCAUGCAAACGCACACUGUGUCAUGAAGAUUCUUAAGGGCACCCUUCGGGAAACACUGUACACAUGGCCAGAUCAGGAUAAAGUACAGCACGGGGAAUCAUCGCCCCCCAAGAUCACUAAAGUGACCACAUACGGCGAGAAUCAAGUUACCUAUAUGUCUGACCAGUUGGGUCUGCACAAGAUUCACAAUCCAGACCCGAACAAUGUGGCCAUCUCUCUGCAUCUUUACACCCCACCCAAUGCCGCAAACUACGGUUUCUCUGUGUUCGACGAGAAGUCCGGAAAGGCAUGCCACAUAAAGCAAUCGCACUUCUACUCGGUACGGGGCGCGCGUUGUUGA